AUGGAGAUGAACAGAAUAGUUGUGUUAUCAGACAGCCUUAAAAGAGUGGAUUCAGGUGAUCUCUGGAUCUUCUUGGACAAUACGGAUACAGGGAAUCUCUCUGCGAUUACUAGAGAGAAUCAGAAACGGUUGUUUGUCUACAUUGAGAAGUUACCACUGGUGGCUCCAGAUCAAGCGUUUGCCUCUUCUCCUUACUAUUGCCAUUUGAGGUGA